CGUUGGGGCGCAAUCUGCACGACGCCUACCUUCAAAAAGGCCAUGACCAAGUUCUACGUUGCGAUGUACGCGAUCGCCAUUUUCUUUUUCUACCGCCAUAUGACGACGGAGAUGGGCCAUGAGCAGGAAUUGAAGGCGCUUGGUGUCAAGAUGAAUGCAGGGGAUGCAUUGAGUGAGUACGAGUCGUUGCGCUGGCGUGUCUUGACGCAGCAGCCGUUGCGUACUCGCGACUCGUUGAAGAUGGAACAGUACGACUUGCUCCGCGCCGAAUACGACGAACAGUUGAGUGACUCCGACCCAAAUAACGCAAUUUUACCAGCCAGAGAUACCACUGAAUUUUACGACGGCAAGGCCGAGACCUUUGACGAGGAUAUCAAGUGGGAAGAGCGGUUUGCAAUGAUCGGUAGGAGACGCGCCUGGGCCAUGGGCAAGGUGUGUGGUGAUGUAUUAGAAGUGGCCUGUGGGACCGGUCGUAACAUCCCGUAUCUCGACGUAUCGAAGGUGGAUUCAAUCACAUUUUUGGAUUCUUCAGCCAAGAUGGUGGAGAUUGCGCACCAGAAGUUUAGAGAGGAGUAUCCAAAGAGUAAAAAGUGUGCAUUUGUGGUUGGGAGAGCGGAAGAGUUGAUGGAGAUUUCGGGGAACACCCCGGCCCACCCUAUCUCGUCGCGCGGGGUUAAGUACGACACGAUCCUUGAGACCUUUGGGAUCUGCUCGCACGAAAACCCUAUCAAGGCGCUACAAAAUAUGGCAGCGCUUCUUAAGCCAGACGGACGUAUCGUCUUGGUCGAGCAUGGCCGCGGGACCUGGGACUUUGUCAACCGUCACUUGGACAAGCGUGCCGAACAUAGGUUGGACGAGUGGGGCUGCCGCUGGAACUUAGAUAUCGGCGAGGUUGUUGAUGACUCUGGCUUGGAGGUUGUGGAGGAGUCCAGACACGACUUUGGCACCACCUGGUGCUUUGUGUUAAAGCCUAAAGGUGCCCCCAAGAAAGCCCUGGAGAAGAGAUUUGGCGAGAAGUACUUGAAUCUUACCAAAGUGUAGUACCUGUAUAUAGUUCUAAAAUUGCCGGUUUGUUC